UCAUACCUUUGGCCAAGUCACACGCGUGCGAGAUCUCUUCAACUGAGGACGUGUCUAGCACUAUUGCGGUGCAACCUGUUGUUUUGUUGUAGUAUACGUUGAUUUGGGAUAUUUUGUAAGUGAUACUUUGGACAGAUAAUGGCUAAACACAUGUGGGUGAACACUCUUCUCUUGUGUUAUUUCAUUCUGAGAUCGAAUGCUCACAUCGGAUGCUGCGAGGACCACUCUGUGCUGUGCAAGGAAUGGGCGUCGCACGGACUCUGUGAUGCAAAUCAACUCUUCAUGGCCCAAAACUGCCCCAGUGCAUGUGGCCGGUGUGUUGCCGAUAUCACCGACCGCGACGGCCGCUGCUUCCAAUGGGCCAUAAACGGCGGAUGUGUCCUAGAGCGCGUGUGGCACAGGUGCCCUCACUCGUGCGGAAGGUGUGCCAAGCCCGAGCGGAAGCUCACGGUUGUCAAGUCAAUCACCAAUCCCGAUUUUCCAUGCGGCGGCCCCACCCACCAAGAGGUGUCCCUGCGUGAGGCGAUUAGUGGCAGGACAAGAACGCAUCUGCUCGGGAUCUCAGGCCCCGUGGGAUCAGAGAUCCUGCUGAACGUGACCUGCGGGGCGGCCCCCAUUGCGCCGCACUACCUCCUGACUGCUGCCCACUGCGUCGUCAAUACAGUGUACACCCCGAGAAGCAUUCAUCUCGGAGCAAAUGACCUAACUAAUCCAGAGUCUGCAAAGUACGACAUAGAAGAAAUCAGAUACCACCCUGACUAUAAUCCCAACUCCGCCGAGAGGUAUAACGACAUUGCGAUCAUUAAGACGACGCAACCCAUACGGUUCUCGGAUCGAGUGUACCCGUUCUGCGUGUCGCCCGAUGAAGUCUCCCACAACACCCCGGUUACUGUGCAAGGCUACGGUUUUGUUAACGAAACAUCAAAAGCGUUGUAUCUACAAGAGGCCCAGUUGUUCAUCGUGGGCCAGCAAGAGUGUGAGAGAGCGUACGAGAGGGAGGGAACUCUGAAUCACCUGCAACUGCGCUACCCAUUCCUCUUGCAACAUUCUGACGUCAUCUGCGCCGCUGCUUACAUGAAGGAUGCUUGCCAGGGAGACUCCGGUGGGCCUUUGUUUCUGCAGGACCGUGAGGGGCGCAGGUUCAUCGUGGGAAUAGUGAGCAACGGGAAAGAAUGUGGCUCGAUUUUACCAGGAACUUACAUCAGCGUGGCCAAGCACAUCAACUUCAUAGACUCAGUCUUGUAUAACACAAGGAAUUAGACAAGUUUGUCACACAUGUUAAGAAGAAAUUUGAUGAGCAUAGUAGAUGCAUAGAUCUUGUCAAAUAGGAUUCAGACUCAUUUAAAGAAAAUAAUAAUCACACACACACACGCGCGCGCGCGCAAAAACGUCGUGUUUAAUGGUAUAUCUGACUGUUAUUGUUAUAACACCUGUACUUGCAAUUCCAUAUUCGUUGCUUUGUAUGUUGAUUAAUGGCAUUAAAAACUGAACCAUGAAAUACUAACAAUAUGAUAGAAAUUUACUGAACAACAUGAUCAAUAAACUUCUCAAACAGUG